CCGGGGCGGCCGCGGCUGCUGCGGCUCCGGACCAUGGACAGGCUCAGCGUGCUGGACCAGCUCCUGCCAGAGCUCAGCGUUCUGCUCAAGCUGCUGGACCACGAGUACCUGAGUGCCACCACGCAGGAGAAGAAGCUGGCUGUCUCCAGCAUCCUGCAGAAGCUGCAGCCGCCGGCAGGGAAGGAUGUGGACUACAUGUACGUCAACACAGCGUCCCUGGGCAAUGGCACCAGCUUUGUGGAGUCCCUCUUUGAGGAGUUUGACUGUGACCUGCGGGACCUGCAGGACAUGCAGGAGGACGAGGGGGACACCAGUGACGGCGCUGGCUUGGAGCUGGCGAGGAGCCAGACCUGCAAAGCUGUUCCUGUGGAUCCUGCUCCUCCACUGCCCACCACUCCCCCUCCUGAGGAUUACUACGAGGAAGCGCUGCCCCUGGGCCCUGGCAAGGCCCCCGAGUACAUCACCUCCCGCAACAGCUCCAGCCCCCCCAACUCCAUCGAGGACGGCUAUUACGAGGAUGCAGACAGCAACUACCCUGUCACCAGGAUAAACGGGGAGCAGAAAAAUUCCUACAAUGACUCGGAUGCCAUGAGCAGCUCUUACGAGUCCUAUGACGAGGAGGAGGAGGAGGGCAAGGGCCAGCAGCUGACACACCAGUGGCCAUCAGAGGAAGCCUCCAUGAACCUGGUGAAGGAUUGCCGGAUCUGCGCAUUCCUCUUGCGCAAGAAGCGCUUUGGGCAGUGGGCCAAGCAGCUCACCAUCAUCCGGGAUGGCAAACUGCUGUGCUACAAAAGCUCCAAGGACCGGCAGCCACACGUGGAGGUGCCCCUGAGCACCUGCAAUGUCAUUUACGUGCCCAAGGACGGGCGGCGCAAGAAGCACGAGCUGCGGUUCUCGCUGCCAGGGGCCGAGGCGCUGGUGCUGGCAGUGCAGAGCAAGGAGCAGGCUGAGGAGUGGCUCAAGGUGAUAAAGGAAGCCAGCAGUCCAGCAGCGGGCGGGACGGAAGCCCCCACCUCCCCAGCGAUGCCGUGCAAGAUGGAGCUGGACAAGCGCCUGUCCCAGGAGAAGCACACCUCAGACUCAGACAGUGUGGCCAUGGGUGACACCGGGUCCCCGGCCACCCGCAGAGAGCACGGCGAGCACGGGAAAGGCAAAAAGAGCGGCCUGGCUGACCUGAAGGGCUCGAUGAGCCGGGCAGCAGGGAAGAAAAUCACCAGGAUCAUCAGCUUCUCCAAGAAAAAGCCAUCCCCUGAGGACACCCAGACCUCCUCCACCGAGGAGGACAUCCCCUGCUGCGGCCACCUCAGCGUGCUGGUGAACCAGUGCUGGAAGGAGCGCUGGUGUCGCCUCAAGGGCAACACCCUCUACUUCCACAAGGACCGCACGGACCUGCGCACACACGUGAACGCCAUCGUCCUGCGGGGCUGCGAGGUGGUCCCGGGGCUGGGCCCCAAGCACCCCUUCGCCUUCCGCAUCCUCCGCCACGGGCAGGAGGUGGCGGCGCUGGAGGCAAGCUGCUCUGAAGACCUGGGCCGCUGGCUGGGUCUCCUCUUGGUGGAAACAGGCUCCCAGACAGCCCCAGAGGCCUUGCACUACGACUACGUGGAUGUGGAGACCAUUGCCAACAUCGUGACGGCCGUGAGACACUCGUACCUGUGGGCCAGCUCCUCCCAGGAUCACCGAGCGGACUCCUCUCGGGUGGUGUACGAUGAUGUCCCCUACGAGAAGGUUCAGCAGGCGGAGGAGGAGCCAGGGCGGCCGGGGGGUGCUCAGGUGAAGCGCCACGCCUCGUCCUGCAGCGAGAAGUCGCGAAGGGUGGACCCGCAAGUCAAAGUGAAGAGACACGCGUCCAGUGCCAACCAGUACAGGUACGGCAAGAACCGGGCCGAGGAGGACGCCAGGCGGUUCCUGACGGAGAAAGAGAAGCUGGAGAAGGAGAAGGCAGCGAUCCGCAGCGAGCUGAUGUUGCUGCGGAAGGAGAAGCGGGAGCUGCGGGAAGCCAUGAAGGGCAGCACGGGGCCGAGGCUGCAGGAGCUGGAGCAGCGUGUGGCGCUGCUGGAGGAGCGGUGCCGGCACAAGGAGGAGUCUCGGGUCGAUCUGGAGCUCAAGCUGACAGAGGUGAAGGAGCAGCUGAAGCAGUCGCUGGCAGGAGGGCCAGCCCUGGGGCUGGCUGUGACCAGCAAGGCUGAGAAUGGGGAAACUACAAACAAGCCAAAUGGGACCCCCCCUGAGCACUUGGUCCCUGUGAACUGUGCGGCAGAGCUGAGGAAGAGAAGCCCCUCCAUCAUCCCUGCCAACACAGGGAGCGUGCUGCGGAAAGCCAAGGAAUGGGAAAAGAAGCAGACUUAACUCAGCCUGCCAAGCCCUGAACACACACUGGGGAUCACCGAGGAGCUGCCAGCCCCCUUUCUCCAAAACACUGGGAGGGUGCUGGGAAGGCGUGGUGGGAAGAGAUGUUCUCUCAGCCCCCACCACUGCAGCACCACCACCACGAUAAACCAGG